AUGGAUGUUGAAGACAUAGUGAUUUAUUGCUCUACAAAAACCAAGAAAAAAUGCGAGAACUAUGACGGAACCUGCAAAGCCUCGUGCGCAGCGGGAGAACGGAUCAUCGAAAAGGGCUGCAAAGGAAAGAAAUGCAAAUGCUGUGCUGAAGCCUGUAAACCAACAAAGAAAUGCAAAGGCGGUUUCUGCGUUGAAAAGGCAAAAGACUGCACUGGUAAACUUCUGAAGUCGGGAUGCAAAGGGAAGAAGUGUUUCUGCUGCCUCCCCUCCCCCUGCGUGCCGAAGAACAAAUGCAAGGGCGGGUUCUGCGUCUCGAAGAAGAAAGAGUGCAAAGGAGGCCAGUUCCUGAAGAAGGGAUGCAAGGGUAAGAAGUGCUCCUGUUGUAUCCCUAAAUGCGUGAAGAAAAAGAAAUGCAACGGUGGCUUUUGCGUCUCCAACAAGCAAGACUGCAAGGGCGUCAUACUGAGUAAUGGCUGCAAGUCUAAACCCAAAGGGGGAGAAUGUUACUGCUGCAUUGAAGGAGGAACUACGCCAGCAGGAGGAGCUACACCGGCUGGUGGAGCAACACCAGCAGGAGGAGCUACACCGGCUGGUGGAGCAACACCAGCAGGAGGAGCUACACCGGCUGGUGGAGCAACACCAGCAGGAGGAGCUACACCGGCUGGUGGAGCAACACCAGCAGGAGGAGCUACACCGGCUGGUGGAGCAACACCAGCAGGAGGAGCUACACCGGCUGGUGGAGCAACACCAGCAGGAGGAGCUACACCAGCUGGUGGAACAACUCCAGCUGGUGGAACUACGCCAGCAGGAGGAUCCGCACCAUCAGGAGGAAACACAACAGAAAACGGAACUACCCCGGCAGGAGGAACUACGCCAGCAGGAGGAUCCGCACCAUCAGGAGGAAACACAACAGAAAACGGAAUUACCCCUGCAGGAGGAACUACGCCAGUAGGAGGAUCCGCACCAUCAGGAGGAAACACAACAGAAAGCGGAACUACACCGGCAGGAGGAAUUACCCCAGCAGGAGGAACAACCCCGGCAGGUGGAACUAUUCCAGCAGGAGGAAGUACCCCAGCAGGUGGAGCUACACCAGCAGGUGGAGCUACACCAGCAGGAGGAAGUACCCCAGCAGGUGGAGCUACACCAGCAGGAGGAAGUACCCCGGCAGGUGGAAUUACACCAGCGGGAGGAAACACAACAGAAAACGGAGCUACACCGGCAGGAGGACCUACUCCGGCAGGAGAAUCUACUCCGGCAGGAGGAACAACCCCUUCUCCUUUACUACGUUUAUAUGCUACCCUUCAGGAUAAUAUUGCUCUCCGUAAUGCUAUGUCUGAACUGUCACAAACACUUGACACUUUAUUUGCUGCUCUAGACAGUAUCCUGAAUGCAAACACGGGAAGAAGACACCGACGUAGUGUUAGCGACAUCGAGAGCAUAGUCAUUAUAGCAGAACAAGCGACUGCAGCUGUUCAGAAUGGCAAUACGUCAGCUGUGACGUUACUUACAGAGGAAAUAAAGGCGAAGACAAGCGUCGUUUCGGAUCUCGCCGAAGCAGCUGCAAACAAUGCAACAUUGGCAAGGGAACUACAAGCAAGCGUAGGUGCUGCAAUCAGUGGAAUUCGUGACCUACAAGGAGCCGUCAUAACGAAAGACAAAGAAGUCAAAAGUAACAUUGAAAAAGUACAGCAGGAAAUAAACCAGUUCGGGGGAACUACUGUUGACGUAACAACCAUUGAUAUUAACUUGAUAACAGACGGUGGCAUUGAAGAGACCAUUGCCAAGGAAGAGGAUGAUACUACCAUCGCAGACACCAGCACCAUUUUGGACACAAUAGUAGAAACUACCACAGGGGAUACUGCCACCGUAGAUAUCACCCUGAUUGAUACCACAGCAAUGGACACUAUCAUAGACACUACAAACAACGCCACAGGAGAUGCCAUCACAGCUGACACCACCACAGGAGAUGCCAUCACAGCUGAAACCAUCACAGGAGAUGCCAUCACAGCUGAAACCACCACAGGAGAUGCCAUCACAGCUGAAACCAUCACAGCAGAUGCCAUCACAGCUGAAACCACCACAGGAGAUGCCAUCACAGCUGACACCACCACAGGAGAUGCCAUCACAGCUGACACCACCACAGGAGAGGCCAUCACAAUUGACACCACCACAGGAGAUGCCAUCACAGCUGAAACCACCACAGGAGAUGCCAUCACAGUUGACACCACCACAGGAGAUACCAUCACAGCUGACACCACCACAGGAGAGGCCAUCACAAUUGACACCACUACAGAAGAUGCUAUCACAGCUGACACCAGCACAGGAGAUGUUGCAACAAUUGAUACCACUACCGAAGACAGCAGUACAGCAAAUACCAGCACGUUGGGAUCCUCAACCACUACACAGUGA